CUUUAGGAAGUGGUUACACUUGGCCAAUUCCUAAAGUGACAGUAGGAGUAGAAGUGGUUACACCCAGCAAAGGUUCAUCCAACCGGGUCACACUCCAGACACUCUGGUUCAUGGAUGCGAUGGGUCGUUCUGAGGAUACCAUCCAGCUGGGCUCUGUGCUCGCCCGGACGUUCAGUAAAGCCGCCAGCAGCACGACUCGCAGCCUUGUAUGUGGCCCGGUGAUCACCGCCUUGGCCCGCCACUACGGGGUUGACUACACAGGGAUGACAUUGGUCCGCGGGCCAACCCCACUCAGCGAGGCUACUCUCCGCCACCAGCACUUGGUUGCUCGCCACGGGCGUGUGCACAGGAUCGCGGGCCUUCCUCAGCCGGCUUUACCUGCAGCGGGCGACCAGCCCGAGUCGAGCGCCGCUGGUGGACGCCGCGUUCCCCGUCGCGCUGUCCGUCGUGAACAGGCUCCCGCGAGCCCCUCUCCUGCUCCCCGGUCUCUUUCUCCAGGGUCACCUCCUCCAGUGGUGGUGCCCAUUUCCGAUCAGUUGGCAGCGAUCGCUCAGCAGAACGAGCGCAUCCUGGUCGGCCAGGAGCGCAUCCACACCCGCCUUGAUCGUGAGCGGGACCGAGGGCGUCGUCUCAUGUCAGGGAAGCACUACAUCAUGUCCUACUUGGGCUUGGAACCGAACGCGGUCCACUACCCGUUCGUGCAGUCCCCAGGGUUUGAGGAUGAGUACCCUCCGCCCACUGGCGAUGGUGGUGAUGCCUUCUAGAGCUGGUUGAGUGUUUUAUUUGUGUUCCAGACUGAGACUCCAUGUUUUGUGGUUUCGUUUUGUUUUAUCUUGGAUUGUAGACUUGGUACUAUGAUUUCUAUCACCCAGUGUGUGUGUUUUUGUUGUCUCUAGCUCUGUGCCUCCUUCUUUUGACUGGUCCGCCAUCCAGUCAACGUUCCUGACCACUGUUUCACGGUAACAUCGUUCCCCUUCCCUCUGCUCCAUUGAGGACAUUGUCACGUUUAAGUGUGUGUGGGGGGGGGGGGGGUUCUUUGUAUGAAUUGGAACGUAUAUAUGUGUGCUUGGAGCCUAGUCCACUGUCCGAAUCUUGAGAUUUGAGGGCUCCAAGCACUGCUGUUUGCUUGAUGAUUGACCGUAUUGGCACUGUGGAUGUGAUUAGUGAAUUGAAUGGCUUUUGACUUGAUACAUGACAACUUGAGUGUGACUUAGACAACUUACUGUGAUGACUGAGAUGUGCAGUAGAAUUGUGUAGGGGUUCAGUUUUUCAAUUGUUUGCUUACCACAUGUGACUUGGUUUGAUCACUUGCUUUUGACAGUCAUUUAUGCAUCUAGUUCAGGGAAUCGGAACGAGAGAUAGAGCAUAUAGGUAGCCAUGUGAGACUUGAGCCUGCUCGUUUCUUUCUUGUGCGAUAGUUUCCUCUUCCAUGAUGUGCAGCAUUCACGUUGUCAUUAGCUAAAUGAUGGAGGCAUAGGAUUAGCCCACGACCAAAUUGACUGUCCUGGUGUGUCAUACCCCUAGUCAGCCCCUUUGAGCCGUGUGUUUUCCUUUCUUUCGGUCUUCAAUGAAAAGUCACCCUUUUG